AGCUGCUUAAUACUCGAUGAAUCUACAAAUGCAUUUCAAGUCAUUUCCUACGUUAUGUCAUGCAAUCAAUGUGUUGGCUUUGUUCGACUCGAACAAAGCUCCAACUAUCAUUCAAGAAAAUGUUACGUUUCAUUUAAACUCUAAAAUUGGCAGCCCCCUGGUCUUUUUAAAGCAGCUAUUUGUGGGGCUAACGACAAGUCGAUUCACUAACGAGGGAUGGAGUGAUUAAGUAGCAAUCUG